CCAAUCAACUUCCAGCUGCCCUGGAUUUAUCCGACGACGACGAGAGGAGCGAACACGAAGCACACACGCCCGCCACUGACUCGCGUGUCGUUUAAACUUCGAAAAGAAGGAGAAGAAAAAGAGAACGAAGGAAUAAUUCCAAUAACAGAAAAUGACGUACGCGGCGCGACCACAACUCCGCGUCGGCACCGGACGUCCGAACCCGGAAACGUGCGUGCUUCGCGUGUGACGUCAUCGCGUCAGCUGGCCCAAUGUUUACAUCCAGCAGUGGCGUGUUGGCGGCCGGGUCGUGAUCAACAACAACAAGCUGCUGACCACAAAGGAGGCCACGGGCGAGAUACAUCCACCUUAACUGAGAAGGGUGUCUCCACGGGAGUCGACGGCAGCUAUGGACGGCACAAGCUCAGCUUUUCUCCGGCAUCAUGGGCGGAGCUGUGAGUGCCGGGGAGGACAACGACGACUUGAUUGACAACCUGAAAGAGGCUUACUACAUCCGCUCAGACCUGGUAGAGCGGGCUUUCCGCGCCAUUGACCGUGCCGACUACUACCUGGACGAGUACAGGGAGAACGCUUACAAGGACUUGGCAUGGCGACAUGGAAACAUUCACCUGUCAGCUCCAUGCAUCUACUCCGAAGUCAUGGAGGCUUUGGACCUCCGCCCUCGGCUCUCCUUCCUCAACCUGGGCAGUGGGACCGGCUACCUUAGCACCAUGGUGGGCCUCAUCCUGGGACCGUUCGGAGUGAACCACGGAGUGGAAUUACACGCUGACGUCAUCGACUACGCCUACCAGAAGCUGCACUCCUUCAUCACCACCAGCGACACCUUUGACAAGUUUGAGUUCUGCGAGCCAUCCUUCGUGUUGGGCAACUGCCUGGAGAUCCCCCCUGAGAGCCGUCAGUACGACCGGGUGUACUGCGGGGCGGGCGUGCAGAAGGACCACGAGGACUACAUGAAGAACCUGAUCAAGGUGGGCGGCGUCCUGGUCAUGCCUCUGGAGGAAAAGCUGACCAAGAUCACCCGCACGGGACCCAACAGCUGGGAGACCAACAAGAUCAUCUCCGUGUCCUUCGCUCCGCUGGUGCUGCCCAAACGCAACAUGGACGCCAGAACCAAAGCUGUUCCCCUACCAAAGUACGAGGUGCGGACGCUGCAGGAGCUGGCUCGCUUCUCCAUCCGCCACACGCUGCGAGCGAGCGCCGACGGAGACAAGCAGGCGCCGACGCGCGGCUCCUCCUUCAGCGUGGGCCGAGGCCUGGCGGUGGCCGGCCUGCACAAGUACGGCCCUCGCUUCAAGCGCCGCCGCGUCCACCGUCGCCGCUGCAACACCCUGGUCUUGGCCACGCGGCAGACGCCCGGCGCCAUCGGCCCCGCCCCUCUGGACGGCAACAACAACCAGGGCGGCAGGACGGAGGACGAGGAGGACGCCCGGAGGGAGAGGAGGGGCGCCAGGAGGACCAACGCCAGACCCCGAGGAGCGGUGGCGGCGAAAGAGGAGGCGGAGGAGGAGAGAGAGACGGGUGAGCUCCUGCGCGUGCAGCCGCUGGUCAACGUGCUGAGGCAGAAGAUUCUCUGCUUGCCGCUGCCAGAACCGCUCAAGAAGUUCCUCCUCUUCUACAGGAACAAGUGAACAUUCCACACCAUUCCACUGACCCAUCAUCUACUUGUCUGAAUGUACAGAACCACCCCUUUUGUAUAGAACAUCCACUUACUACAGUGGGGAUCAAAACUAUCUAGUCAGCAAGUUCUCCCACAGAGCUCUGUCAUUUUCAUCAUAGGUACACUUCAACUGUGACAGACAGAAUGUGGAAAAAAAAUUCACAUUGUAGGAAUUUUAAAUAAUUUAUUUGUAAAUUAUGGUGUAAAAUAAGUAUUUGGUCA